AUGCUUUUCCGCAAUUUAAUACCCGCGGCCAUUGCGCUGCUGCCCGCAAUUGCCUCGGCAUCGGCCGUCAUCGACCUCACACCCUCCAACUUCGACGAUGUCGUUCUUAAGUCCGGCAAGCCCGCCCUCGUAGAGUUCUUCGCUCCCUGGUGCGGCCACUGCAAGAACCUCGCCCCCGUCUACGAUGAGCUCGCUGGCGUCUUCCAGCACGCCGGAGACAAGGUCAGCGUCGCAAAGGUCGAUGCUGAUGCUCACAAGGCGCUCGGCAAGCGUUUCGGUGUCUCAGGCUUCCCUACCCUCAAGUGGUUCGACGGAAAGAGCGACAAGCCUACGGAUUACAGCGGCGGACGUGACCUCGAGAGCUUGAGCAAGUUCAUCACAGAGAAGAGCUCGGUCAAGCCCAAGGUCAAGGGCAAGCUGCCUAGCCAGGUCGUCUACUUGGACGACAAGACCUUCAAGGAGAAGGUUGGAAAGGACCAGGAUGUGCUCGUUGCCUUUACUGCCCCAUGGUGCGGACACUGCAAGACUCUCGCCCCCGUCUGGGAGACCCUCGCCAACGACUUCGUUACCGAACCCGGUGUCUUGAUUGCCAAGGUCGACGCUGAAGCUGAAAACUCCAAGGCCCUCGCACAGGAGCAAGGCGUGUCAUCCUACCCGACCAUCAAAUACUUCCCCAAGGGCUCCACCGAGCCUCUCCCCUACAACGGCGCCCGCGCCGAGAAGGACUUCAUCGACUUUAUCAACGCCAACGCCGGUACCCACCGUGCGGUUGGUGGUGGUCUUGACGCCACUGGUGGCACCAUUGAGGCCUUCAACACCCUCAUUGAGAAGUUCCAGGGCUCAUGGGCCGGUGGUGCUGAGGAGGCCAAGACCCUCGCCGGUACUCUGCAAGACAAGUAUGCCGAAUACUACGUCAAGGUCUUCAACAAGAUUGGUGCCAACCAGGAGUAUGCUGCGAAGGAGCUCAAGCGUCUGCAGGGACUCAUUGCCAAGGGCAACCUGGCGCCCGAGAAGAUGGAUGACUUGAUGAGCAGGAGCAACAUUCUGAGGAAGUUCAUGGGUGAUGCUGAGGAGGAGAAGUCUGAGUUGUAG